CCGGGCCUAGAAUUGUCGACGACCUCUUGGAUUUCGAUAACUUUGCAGACAUCUCCACGCCUUGAAAACGAGAGCAGCAAUGCACUACUAUAGGAGAAGAAGUGACUCCAUCUUUGAUGCUUUCACUCUAAAUCCCCUACCAUAUCCAGUUCUCUUAAUCUUGGCAGUACUAUCAAUAUUUCUUGGCAUGUCUUGGUUCUUUAGCUAUGAAGACAUGGUGGAGACUACUGAGGAACAAAUGGGUUGGGUUCUUUUGGUUGUACCGUUAGUGCUAAUAGUCAUAGUUCGAUGGCUUUCAUCUAUGGAAAAUCCUGACAUGAUCUUUGUUAUGUCACCGUGGGACAGGCGCCGGAGGACACAUCACCGGCCAUCAGAAGGGAGCUCUCCCUGGGGUGUGGCUGCUUUCAUUGUGUUGCUUCUUGUUUUGGUGCAGUUUCAAUCUACCUUUCUUGAUAGGUGGCUUGUUUGAUGCUACGCCUAUACUAAUUGAUAUGGAUUGAAGAUCAAAUAGUUUUGUUCUGUGGCUUUAGUUUAUGUUUGAACGUAGAGAAAUAUGAAAUUAUUGUAUAUGUGUUUGGGGCUUGAGUGUUCAUGUUUGUUAAAUAUUGCCUUGGUGGGCGAGAUCUUAAUGAAGUUUUUUUCUUCAUCAGCUUA